GGUGAACAGCCCCCAGAUGUAGGACAGAACUACGGCAUGACAGGACCUGGAGAUCAGGAUCCAACUUUAAAAGGAAUCCAGACCAAGGCUGCAAGUUCUUCUGACGGCCACAUGGAGAACAAAAAGGCAGUUCCUGCAUUUCUGGCAGCAGCAGCGAAAGAAAUAGGGGGAAAAGUCGUCAGCAAGCUUGGCGACAGGAUCGCGGACGGUGUAGUGGAGAACCACCAGGAGAAGGUGGUGAGCGGUCUGCAGGACUACCUGGGUAAACAGAUGGACAAGUUCGACGAUGAGUACAAAGAACUGCUGAAGGACACCAGUGGGCUGGCAGCGGGUUUGAACCGGCCGGUUGAGGAGGCGGACAUCCAGCUUGUUCCUAGACCAGGAGCCACGAUGGGUAACAUGUAUGCACCACCAGGCUGGGAGAUCCGACAUAAGUACAAGUACAAGGAAGACAGAAAUGAAAAGGUCAGUUUCGGCGGACAGGCAUCAGCCUACACCUACCCAGCCGGACUAGGACCAGUUCUGAUGAACGGCUGCUUCGGGACAGGCUAUAAGAAUGGAGACCCCUGCUUUAAGGCCAAGAUACCAAGGACAGGCUGUCCGAAUCUGAUUGACGGCGCAACCUACCUCGGCGUCGGGUUUGACGGAAGAGGCGUGUACUCGGCUGAAUCUAGGAAGAAAAGUGUCAUCCAGAGAUCAUGCAAAAACUUGCGAACAUACGGUAAAAACGAAGUCCCUGACUCUAUGACCGUGCAAGGCAUAUACGACACAGAUGUAGAAUCCUACACCUUCAGCUCAACGGAAGAAUACAGAAAAUACCUUGCGGAGAAAUCGGCCGUCACUUCUGCCAAGGCCAUGUUCCAGGAAGAGAUCAACAAGGCUUCUGGACAUGUAGCAGUGGGUGGAGCGUUUGGACUUGGUUGGUCAGCAGGAGAAGGAAGAUCAAGUCAGAGGGGCACAUCCAGACAAUCAUCAGGCUUCAGUGCCAGCUCCUCUGCCAGCGCUCGUCUUGGUGAGAAGCAGACACAAACAUUCAUGGCCAUGCUGGAGAUAAACAUAUUCAGAUAUGAGAUCUUCAUGGACGACGUGACGCCUGAACAGUUAAACGUGGGUUUUCUACGAGAUUUUAUUUCCCUGCCUGAGUCCUACUUCUCUCCCGGGGCAGAAAUUAUCUUCCAAAAUUUCUACCUCCGCUGGGGAACACACUACAUCAAGUCAGCCAAAUUUGGAGGCCAGCUGAAGAUCAUCAAAACAAAACAAGCUACACAGGACCUGUCGAUGUCAGAAUUCGCCACUAGAGCUGAGGCCGACUGGAAGAUGACCCUCAGCACAUUCGCAGCCAAGGCGUCACAGACCAAGUCAAGUAGCUGGUUUCCCGAGCACGAGUCGAAGAUUGAAUCACAAGAGUUUUCUGGAAAAGCAGCGUCUGGUUCUGAAUCACAGGCCAACAGGCAAGAAGAGAAGCAAGCAUCAUCCCAGCAGUACAGUAACGAGGUUCUGGUGGUUCAAGGUGGAGACCAGAAGAUCGCCGCUGCCAUCACGGAGAUGUACACGACAGCCCUAACAACAGAGCUGAAGGACUGGUUAGAGUCCAUUAACGACUACUCCAAACCCUUCUCCUUCGUGUUAAGGCUGGUCUCAGAUCUACUGAACAUCCCCUUCGUCUCGCUCUUCCCUGCAGGAGAUGUGGACUAUGGUUGCUUUGGUAGGAGGGAUCUUAAGACGGAAGUGGGAACUGGCCGAAAGUAUUACACGCAAAACACAGCAAAACCGGAUGUUGGCAACAAGGGAUCUAUAAAUAAAAGUGAACCGGUAACGGUUACCGAGAUCCGUUAUUGUAAUUUUGAAAACCGUAAAGCCCUCGAGGACAGCAUGACCAAGAGGAGACUGGCGCUUCAACGUGCUGUUACAGUGUAUCUGGAAGAGGGUCGUAUCCUGAGUUCAGACUUCCUCCUGCCCGCCGGAGAGGCAGGCUGUGAAACCGCCAUGUUGGCGUUCCUUCAGGAAGACAACACCGGCGUGCCCACAUGGGAAGACAUGACCGGAGGAAAGGAGUUCAUGGUCGUGUUUGACAUGCCGUACGACAUCCCGGGGAUUCUUCAGGCUCAAGACGUGCUGACACUUAAGUUCUAUCGUCACAAGUGGUUCUCUACACGAAAAGGAUUUGUACCACAUCUGUAUGAUGGCUACAAAAACGGAGGAAGCAACGACGUCCAGGCGAAAAAGGUCAGCGUUCAGGGGCUUGUCAUGACAUAUGAUGAGGGAACAGGUGUCUUCACGGUGACGGAUGACGACUUCACAGCCUCAGCUACACUACUGACAGACUUACCAGGCUGGAUAAAAGGUCGUGACGUCGCCAGAGCUGAGUACAAAAAACUACUCAACCACUUAAGCCAGAAAAGUGACACAGUCGGAGACGUACCGUGUAGCAUCCAAUGGACCAACGCACAUCGCUUUGAUCCGACCGAUGGAGGAAAGUGCAUCCACUUCACUGCAGCAUCAGGAGGCGACAUCUUUGUUGUGUUUGCCAGCAUCCCGCAAAACCACGAGACCUGGAUAUAUGUACAGAUCACAUCUGAGGGAGUGGCACUGUAUAAGGCACUUCGGCUACAAACCACCCAGCUGAAUGACAAUGCCGGCGGUCUGGGUUCGGCAACCCUGUACCAGUCGUACUUUGUCUGUGUGACUGAAGAUGUGGACGAUAAGACAACAAUAGUUCAAUACGGCAAGACGCCUGACAACGAGGAACGUCCCCACGUCUGGUUGAGUUUUACAUUCAACGAGGUGGCGUCCCUUCGCUACUAUUCCUUCGGUAGUGGAGAGUCUCCUGUCAAAGUGAUGGGACUGUCACUGCUGGACAAGCCGGCAAAGGACUUCAUCAUCUGCCGGGAAGGGACGGAGUUGAUCAACGGGGUCUGUCAACAAAAAUGUCACUCCGAGUGCAACGGAUGCCGCACAAGUGGAUCCAACUCUCCAACUGACUGCAUCGCCUGUAAACAUCUGAAGGUGUCCUACCCCUACAGAGAGGGACAGACUGGUGAUUUCGAAUGCGUCGCGCAGUGUCCGCAGCACAUGGAAUCUGACACUGCUACAAAAACAUGUUCAUGCAUUAAGAGGAUGGAAGAAACCCGUCCUGGUGGUGUUGUUGACUGUGUGACGGAGUGCCCUCUGACACACUUUGAUGAUAACAACGUUUGCAAAAAAUGCAGCAGCUUUUGUAAAGAUGUCAGUAAUGAAGGGAAAAGGUUUUGCUCCGGGCCUGCUUCAACAGACUGUGACACGUGCAAGUAUCAACAUGACGGGCGCUGUGUGGAUGGAUGCAGACCUGGACAGAAAGCUGUGAAGGCAGAUAACAAUGCCUUCACCUGCCGCCAAUGUCAGUCCGGCCAUGAGUGUAAGCUGGGGGACGAGCAGGAAGACAUCUGUCCAGCGGGAACGACCAGUAACGACAACAGGACAAUGUGCGUGCCGUGUGCAGCUGGGGAGUUCAGCAGCGCUCCGGGAGCGGUGUCCUGUCAGAAGUGUCCAGCCGGGAAGUACAGCACUGGCGGGGGGUCCACAAGCUGUUUAGACUGUCCAGUGGGAAAGUACGGCAAAACAGUAGGAUCCACGGGUUGUAAGAUUUGUCCUGCCGGACAGUACAGUAGCAGAGCGGGGUCAAGCGGUUGUACGUCCUGUCUUGCCGGGCAAUACAGUAGCAGAGCAGGGUCAAGCGGCUGUACGCCCUGUCCGGCCGGGCGGUACAGCAAUACAGCAGGCUCAACGACUUGUCAUUCCUGUCCUGCCGGGCAAUACAACGAUGCAAUAAGGGCAACAGGCUGUAAGACAUGUCCUGCCGGCAAAUACAGUUCAACGGCAUCAUCGCGCUGCUUGAACUGCCCUGCCGGAAAAUACAGUAACGUAGCGAAGUCAACCAGAUGUUCCGACUGUCCUCCCGGAAAAUACAGUAACAGGGCGGGGUCAAGUUAUUGUACGUCCUGUCCUGCCGGGCAAUACAGCAACAGAGCAGGGUCAAGUGGUUGCACGUCCUGUCCUGCUGGGAAAUACAGUAGCAGAGCAGGGUCCACCACUUGUCCGUCCUGUUCAUCGGUAAAACCAACAGGCCCUACCGGCCAGUCUGUUUGCAGAAAGUGGCCGACUGGUACCUACGGUCUACCCCGGACAAAUACAGGUUGUCCUGUAGCUGCAGGCGUUAGCUGGCGCACGGGUGUCCGUCAUCACGACACCGAGGACUCCACCGCUGACAACCAAUGGACAAACGGUCUGCAUUUUGACGGUGACUUUUGGAAAAACAAUAUGAAACAAAAAUUCUGCAUGAAGACUACCCCAGGAGACGGAGAUGGGAACUGGCCACGCGGUAGUUACUGUGUCUUUAAGAAGAGCGGUUGUCCGGGAGGUUUCCAAUCAGGUGAGAUCUACUGGGACGAUGAAGAUGACGACAACAAAAACAGCCGCAGUGGCGUAGUUCCUGACGGGAGUUACGGCAGUAACACCCUGAUCAGAUACUGCUGCCGUAACGACGGGAGCGCCAACACUCCCAUCUCUCUACCUAACCGCAGUCCCUUCUACCUCUUCCGCUACAGACAGGGCUGUCAGAGGGUCUCUGGGAUGACUGUCCGAGAGGAGAUCUUCCGUUGGGAUGAUGAAGAUGACGAUAACGAGAACCGCGUCCAGGGGGCGUAUCCGUACGAUGAUGGCGGAGGCCGAAACCACCGACUUCACUACUGUUACUAUUCGUAAGGUCCACGGGAUGGUGGCAUUGACCUCUGCAAAGGACGCAUCAGAAAAAGAUCAC